GCGGCUCGCAGCUUGGGGCUCGCCAGGAUGGGGAAGGGGAGGUGGAGUUUCCAAGAGGGAACUUGACCCGUUAGCAGCCGCGGCCAUGGCGGCGCGCUCGCCUCCCUCCCCGUUCCCUCCGCCCCCAGCGCGACAGUUGGGUCCCUGGUCCCCACGUGUUGGGCGGGGAGCUGUGGUACACGCAGUGCGCAGCGAGGCCUCGGGUCUUGCGAAUGCAGUGCGGAAGGGCGUCGUGGACAAAAACGAUAUAUGCUGGCGGGGGCCAGGCGGGGCAGCUCCGGCUCAGGCUCCCCUCCUCAGCUCGCCCAUGGGGUCCAAGCGACUAGAGGGCAUCUCGAUAGAGGAGGCGAUGGUGACCCGGACGCAGCUGCUGGAGGAAGAGCUGAGCAGCCUAAAGGAGGAGCUGGCCCUGUGUCAGGCUGAUAAAGAAUUUGUAUGGUCUCUGUGGAAACGUCUCCAGGUGACAAACCCAGAUCUCACACAAGCAGUCAGUUUGGUUGUAGAACGAGAAAAACAGAAAUCUGAAGCUAAAGACAGAAAAGUUUUAGAAAUUCUGCAAGUGAAGGAUGCUAAAAUACAAGAAUUGGAACAGAGAGAAAUAGGACUAAAAAAGGAAAUAAAUGACCUUGUAAAACGGAAGAUUGCAGUUGAUGAAGAAAACGUUUUCUUAAGGAAAGAAUUCAGUGACUUGCAGAAGAAAUUUAAAGAUAAAAGUCAGGAAGCUAAGGACACUAAGGAGUGUGUACAGAAUAAGGAAGAGCAAAACAGACUGGUUAUAAAAACUCUGGAGGAGGAAAAUGAGAAAUUAAGUACCCGCUGCGCUGACCUGCUAAAUGACCUGGAGAAACUGAGGAAGCAAGAAGCACAUUGGAGAAAAGAAAAAUAUAGCAUUGAUGCAAAAAUAAAGGCCUUUGAAGAUGAUUUAAUUGAAGCAAGAAAAGAAAUUGAAGUAUCACAGAGUAAAUAUAAUGCUGUGUCAUUACAGUUGAAUAAUAAACAGACUGAACUUAUCCAGAAGGAUAUGGAUAUUACCCUUGUCAGGCAAGAGUUGCAGGAGCUGCAGAACCUAUACAAACAGAACAGUGCACACACAGCACAGCAAGCGGAGCUGAUCCAGCAGCUCCAGGUUCUGAACAUGGACACACAGAAAGUACUGAGGAAUCAGGAAGACGUCCACACAGCCGAAAGCAUAUCAUAUCAAAAACUUUACAAUGAGUUACAUAUUUGCUUUGAAACCACAAAAUCAAGUGAAGCUAUGCUCCGGCAAAGUGUUGUUAGUCUUCAAGAUCAGCUAUUUCAAAAAGAGCAAGAAAAUGCUAAAUUAAAAGAAAGGCUUCAGGAAUCACAAGGAGCACCCUAUCCUUUACCUCAAGAAAGUGAUUCAGAGCACUCAGAACAGGUAUCUCAACGGCCAUCUUUAUCGAGCUUAGAAACUUUAAUGGUCUCACAGAAGUCUGAAAUCGAGUAUUUACAGGAAAAACUAAAAAUAGCAAAUGAAAAACUCUCAGAGAACAAAUCUACCAACAAGGAUUCCCCAGAGAAGGGCAUCUGGACAAGUACUGAAGGAAAACAUAAGGAACCACCUGUGAAACGUUCAAGGUCUUUGUCCCCAAAGAGUUCUUUCACAGACUCAGAGGAGCUGAGGAAGCUGAGGAAAGCUGAAAGAAAGAUUGAAAACUUAGAGAAGGCGCUACAACUAAAGAGCCAAGAAAAUGAUGAGCUAAGAGAUGCCCAUGAAAAACGCAAGGAAAGGCUACAGAUGUUACAGACCAACUACAGAGCAGUAAAAGAGCAAUUAAAACAGUGGGAAGAAGGCAGUGGCAUGACUCCUAUCAGAAAAAUAAAGAGAGCAGAUCCGCAACAACUUCGCCAAGAAGAUUCUGAUGCUGUGUGGAAUGAACUGGCCUAUUUCAAAAGGGAGAACCAGGAGCUAAUGAUUCAAAAAGGAGGAAGAGAAAAAGGUGGAAGGAUCCAUUCACUUCAAAUGAGAUUAAGACGAUGUAAAAUGUGGGAAACAGUGCAAAAUUUUGUAAAAAAGCACCACCCAAAUAAGUCUGUAGCAGUGCAAGCGAUGAAUCUGUUUAAUGAUAAUACAAUGUCACAUUUUCGUGAAAUCCUCAAAAGGAGUCAAAAGAUGAAUCUUCAAGAAGAAUUGGAUAAACUUAAAGUACGUAUAUCUAUUGAUAAGGCAACAAUACGAGAAUUGAACAACUGUAUGGCAGGGAAAAGAGAAGAACAACUCUGUGGAUAUGGUGAAGAUGAUGGGGUCAAGAAGAGUACUCCAGAGAAGAAUGGGAAAGAAAUGUCGGAGCAGACAUGGCAGAAGGUCAUUGAAUUGGAAAGCCGGCUAAAAUCUUUUGAGAAAAGGUCAAGAAAAUUAAAAGAAGGGAAUAAAAAAUUAAUGAAAGAAAAUGACUCCCUGCAAUCACUCUUAAAGCAGCAACAGGAAGAUGCAGAGGACAGGGAAAAAGAGCUAGAACAGCUACAAAGGGGGAGUAAAGAAGUAGAAAAAGAUAAAGCUGGACUUCAAGUAAAAAUCAGUGAGCUGGAGAGAGAAGUCACUUCCCUAAGGAGACAAGUGGCAGAAGCUAAUGGUUUGAGAAAUGAAAAUGAAGAGCUGAAGAAUUCAAUGGAGAAACUGCAGCAAUUAGCAGACAAAGCUAAAUCUGAGAUGGCCACCACGGAAGUGAGGUCUGGACAAUAUGAUUGUAAGACAACCACUACCAAGGUUAAAUUUAAAGCCGCCAAGAAAAAGUGCCCUGUGGGCCGUUACCACACUGUUCUCAAUCACUCCAUCAAGGUUAUGAGCAAUGUGUUUGAGAACCUCAGCAAGGACGGCUGGGAGGAUGUGAGUGAAAGCAGCAGUGAUCCCGAGGCACAGACCUCUCAAAAUUUAGGAACAAUUAUUGUAGAAACAUCCCAGAAAAUAAGUGCUAUAGAAGAUGGAAGAGACCAGAAACAAAGUGACCAAACAGAAGGUAGCCAAACGCAAGGAAAAGAAAUGGUACGAAUAUAUCCAAACACAGAUGGCAAGACCCCAAAGGAUUAUUUUCAUUGCAAGAAUGCUAGAAAGCCAACUUUUCAAAAGAAGAAUGGUAAUAUACAAAAGAGUUCUCAUACAACAGUUCCUACCAGAGUUAACAGAGAAAAGUGGAAAAAUAUAACUUCCCAGAAGUCAAAUAGCAAUAUUAUUUUAUUACGAGAACGUAUUGUAUCUUUACAACAACAAAACAGCAUACUUCAUAAUGCCAAAAAAACAGCGGAAUUGUCUGUAAAAGAAUAUAAAGAAAUAAAUGAAAAACUCCUUCAGCAGCAACAAGUAUCUGAUCAACGAUAUCAGACAAGCAGACAGACAAUAAAGAAGCUAAAUUUGGAUUUGGCUGACCUUCGGAAGGAAAAAGAAGACUUACUGAAGAAAUUGGAGUCCUCAUCUGAAAUCACAAGUUUGGCAGAAGAAGUUUCCCGAGUAAUAGUUCCACGGAUACAAGUUACAUCACUUGGUCCUUCAAGGAGCAUGGAUUUGGAGAUGAAGCAAUUGCAGUGUAAACUAAAGAAUGCAACUAAUGAGCUCACUAAACAGUCCUCAAAUGUGAAGUCUCUGAAAUUUGAACUCCUAGCAAAAGAAGAACACAUAAAGGAAAUGCAUGAAAAGAUAUCUCGAAUGGAGAGGGAUAUAACCAUGAAAAGACAUUUGAUAGAGGACUUGAAAUUUCGACAGAAAGUAAAUUUGGAAAGUAAUGAGAGUAUUAAUGAAAUGUUAGAAAAUCUUGAAAAAAAGGUGAAGACACUAACUGAAGAGUGUUCCAACAAGAAGGUGUCAAUUGAUUCACUAAAACAGAGACUCAGUGUUGCUGUAAAGGAGAAGUCACAGUUUGAACAGAUGUAUCAAAAAACUAAAGAGGAAUUAGAAAAAAAGGAUGUCAAGCUUGGUCUCCUAGUAUCAAAAAUAAGUGAGACCGAAUCUGCAAUGGCAGAAAUUGAAACAGCAGCAUCCAAGCAUCUUCAAGGAUUAGCACUGAAAAGUGAGCAGGCCCUAGAAGGUGCACAAAAGAAGUUGCUCUUAGCCAAUGAGAAAGUGGAGGAGUUCACCAUCUUUGUGAAGGAUCACUGGGACCUUUGCCUGUGGGGAGGCCCCACAGCCUCUACCAAAUGUGCUCCUGGCAAGGGAACCACCUCUCCCCAUGUGGCCCACGGACCCCUCAGACCUCACUUCCUGCUCCUGGAGAUUCACCCUUCCCACCCAGAGCAUGGCCAGGUAUUGACCUGUGGAAUUUUCAACACUGCUUCCGAUAGAGUCCUAGUGGUACUGAAACCCUCUGCUUUCUCCUCUCUCCCUUUCUUGUUCAGUCACUCUUUCUCUUUCUCUCAGCUUCUUUCAGGGGUAGUGCUUUUCCUGGACUCUCCCUUCUUUCUGUGUCCUCUCUCCACAAAAACAGCUCCCUGCCCUCUGCAGCUUCUGUCUCCCCCAGUUCACCUCUCCACACUGCAUACCUGCCAGUUCUGUGGUUCAAGUUAUGUAGAUUGUUGUGCUAAUCCUCAGGUCAGUUUUGUAGGUGUGCAAAAUGGUUUGGUGCUGAUCUAGCUGCAUUUCAGGGAUGAGAGAAGCUGAGAACUUUCAGGCUGCUCCACCAACUUGGCCCCUCCUGCUUAUAAAAUUUUAUACCACUGUUAGUACCCCAUUUAGAACAAAUCCCUUACUUUGUUUCUUUGGAAAUCAUAGAUACCUUGGGAGUUUUCUCAUUUUAAAAAUAUCUACAAAAUGAAUGGAAUAAAACACUUUAUGUGUUUUAUCUCUUUUAUAUCAGGUUUCAACUGAUAUAAAGUCAAACAAUAAGCCUUGCCUCAGAGGACCCCAAAUGAUUGCAGAGUAUUAAUUUUAAUAAACAUAAUUUACCUUUUCCAGAUUUAAAGUGUCAUUUCUUCCAAAUACUUGUUGAGUAGUCUCACUGUUUAACUUAUGAAUAGCACUCUCAUUGAAUAUUGUCAUUACUCAUGAUGUAAAACCAUUUUUAUUACGACUUUUAGUUUCAUAAGCCUUUGUUUUCUUGUUUUAUAUUCACGUUAGGGUUCUGUUUGUUGCAUUUAUAGCCAAGAUGUAAAAUAUGAAAUAUGUAAUAGUAAGAUUUAUUUGAAUACAAAUUAUUAUUUUUCCUGAAAUAUUCUUUGAAUGUGUCCUUUUUAAAAAGAGUUGAUAACCAGAAGUUUUAAAAAUAGAAAAAUGAAUGUUAUGACUACAUAUAUGGCUAUUACACACUGAAGUCUAUAAUAACCUUUGUGAUAUUGUAAUAGGUAUACUUCUUCACAGAAAGUAAGUUAGCAAAAGUUGUCUUUUAAAAAACAAAGUUUUUAUUUUUGUCUAAUGAUUUGAAUGAUGUUUAAUGAUAAAGUAUCUAAUUUUUAACUGUUGAAGAGUGACCUAUUAAUCCUUCAUAUUUUUCACCAAUUAUGUAAAGUAUAAAUGUCUUAAUAGAUAAAUUCAGGAUUUCUGUGGUUUCAUGUCUUUGUAAUUUGAGUAACAUUACAUAGUAGGAAAAUAUAAAAGGUAUUGAUAAGCCAUUUUUAGUACUCUUUCAGAAGUUUUCCACUUUAUUUCAGUUUGGUAUUAGAUUAGCUGCAUUGGAAUCAGGUGAUUCUAUUCCUUUUAAAUAAAAUGCAUAAUUUGGGACUCCAAAUUUAUCAAAUCAAAAUCUUGGUGGGAGUGGGGCCAAUAACCUGAAUUUACUGUUAGGUGAUUAUUAUGCAUAAUACAGUUUUUAAAAUGCUGCCUUAAAUUGUUUUUAUCAAUUGAAUCUAUAUAACAGUACAUAUAGUUUGGUGUUUCAUAGAACCCUAAUGGUAAUUUGAAGUUUGUUUUUCUUAACUGUGUUUUAGGGCCAAUAUGUAGUUAAUACUGGCACUACUUACGCUGUUUAAUCCACUUUUCUAAUAAAAGGCAACCAGCAAACUAAUGCCAAACCAGAAACAUUGGAAAAGACUGGACAUUUGGCUCUGAGAAAUGAGAGGACUAUCAUCCUUCACUUCCUUGUGCAUAUGGCCCUAGGACCAGCUGGAAAUACUCAGGAGCCACUAUCUGAGGCUACAUACCAUCAAUGACUUCCUAAAUCUUUACUGACUGUAUAAGAUCUAAGCUUUCUAAGAAUUUAAAACCUUCUGUAAUUUGACCCUCUCUUGCUCUGAAUCUCAUCUCCUUCUCCUCUUCUUUCCAGCUUUCCCCGUAGUGCGUUCAUUCCUGCCUUUGCAUGGUUCUCCUUCCCACUGAACAUAUUGUCAUUCAUUAUCCCCAAAGUACUGGCAUGCAAUAGGGUUCAUUAAAUUCUGAGGAAUUGAUUUUAUAUCUGGCUCAAGAAAGGUAUUAGACACAUAAUCACUGCUUAGAUUGAAAACUCUGUGAAGGCAAGAAGCACAUUCCUUAAAGAGCAUAAAGAAUGUACAUGGUUCCUACAUGGAACAUUGUAAUGACUAGGACUCAUUCUGUACAGAGCUUAUCCGGGUGUAUCAUGUACACCAAAGUACCUAAUGAAUAUUAUUAGUAGUAUUAAUAACAACAAUGUUUGUUCUGGCCCUGUUGUGGAAUCUAUGUUCCCUUUAGUCUUUUCAUUUUUCAUAGGGUACACCAGAUUAUAGAAGAGGUGGAGUGGCCAUCUGUUCUAGAUCUAGUCUUGAAUACGGAAUUUUGCCCUGGGGUAAAAUCAAGUGCUCUGAGCGUGUGGCCUGGAUAUAUGUGGCAUAACUGAGGCUUUAAAUUCUCCUAGUAACUGAAUAAAACCCAUAAGGGAAAUUCCUAGAAGUAUUUGCUCAAUUUGAUUGAGCCCUGAUAUAAGUUUGUUAAUGUGCUUAUAUGUGAGAGUCGUAUGCCAAAUUCCAUCUUCUCAAUGGUUUUUGUUAGCUCUGAAAUAAAUAUCAGCCAAAGAACAACAUUUAGCUGGAGGCUUAAAUCAUUUAAUUACCAAUAUGUGCUUGCUUUGAAAAGAUUUAGUAAGAUGUUUUGGGCAUAUAAAUUUCUUGCUUCUUUAGUGAGAACAUUUGUGGAGGACUAUAAUUUUAUUUUUAUAUGUACAAUUGUUAAUAU